CCAGCUGCAUGGCAGCCCAUUAAAAGCACCAAUUGGCCCCGGCAAACUCUCACCAACUUUGCAUUCUACUUCCACCAAUGGCGGAAAUGGGAUUCGAACGAAGCUGGUACUCCUUCGUCCUCCUCGCUUCCCUUGUAUUGGCAACGGCUGAACUGGCCACGGCGCAGACCAGCCCUAACAGGACGGUGGUCGAGGAGGUCACCGGCUGGCUCCGGAUCUACUCCGACGGCACCGUCGAGCGGCUGACCCCGCCGGGAGCCGAGGCUUUCACCGCCAUCGUCCCACCCUACAAGAACCCUCGCGGCGGCGUGACCGUCCACGACAUUACCACCGACCGCGGCAUCGACGUCCGCCUCUACCUCCCGGCGGCCGCAGCUGCCAAGGCGCCGCACCGUCGGCGCCGCCCUGUCCUCCUCCACCUCCACGGCGGCGGCUUCUGCGUCACCCGGCCCUCGUGGGCGAUCUACCACAACUUCUACGCCCCGCUCGCCGCCGAGCUCGACGUCGCCGGCAUCGUCUCCGUCUACCUCCCCCUCGCGCCCGAGCACCGCCUCCCCGCCGCCAUCGACGCCGGCCACGCCGCGCUCCUCUGGUUCCGUGACGUCGCGCGCAGCCGGAACGUCUACGGCGCUGCACACUCCGCCCUUGUCAGACAUUUCCGUCGUACCGCUGACUUCUCCCGUGUUUUCCUCAUCGGCGACAGCUCCGGCGGUAACCUCGUGCACCUCGUGGCAGCCCGCGCCGGCGAGGACAAGCCGGGAGUUCUCCACCCGGUGAGGCUCGCCGGCGGCGUGCUGCUCCACCCGGGCUUCGCCAGGGAACAGAAGAGCCGGUCGGAACUCGAGAACCCACCGAGCAUGUUCCUGGCGCCAGAGAUGAUCGAGAAGCUCCUCGCGCUUGGGUUGCCCAUGGGCGUCAACAGGGACAGCCCCUACACGUCGCCGGAGUUGGCGACGAAGGCCGUGGCGCAUGUACGGAUGCCGCCGUUGCUGCUGAUGGCUGCGGAGAAGGACUUGCUCCAUGAUCCGCAGGUGGAUUACGGGAAGGCCAUGGAGCACGCGGGGAAGAAGGUGACGACGGUGGUCAGUCGAGGGGACGUCGCGCACGUCUUCUACCUCAACUUCUUCGCCGUGAAGACCGACCAGCUCACGGCGAAUAGGACGAAGGAGCUCGUUCAUACCAUCAAGUGCUUCAUCGACCAGCACUGAUCCGUUCAAUUGGCACUCGUGUUCGGAUCAUCAUUCCAGUUUGUUCAUCGCCUUUCUGUCUACACGUCAAUGUUUGUGUUGACGGUCUUGUGCUUUGCAGCUUCAUUACAUCGGCAUAAUUGUUGAGUUGUUACUCGUCAUUGUUCUACUGUAUGAUCAUUUCUAAGCAAUUACAUCUAUGCUGCUAUGUGCUAUCCAAAGUUUUAA